GGGUUACUUAUAUGUGAGCGCGUGGAGCGGAGCGACAGUUGGGCGGCACGCAGGAGGACAGAGACUUCCGUUCUGUGAGAGCAGAGAAGAAGAAGAGUGAGCGCGGCUCGUUUAUCACAGAAGAAGUAAUUUAUUAGCGGAUUAUCGAUCCUGUGAUCGAUUACCUGAUAUCGAUCAGAGCUGGUGUCUGUUGCCGCCGCCGCUGCUGCGGCGGAGGAUGGAGCGGACAGCAGGAGACGGACGGAGCGGCAGGACGCUUCUCCUGCGGUAGUCUGACUCCUCUUCAUCAUGUAGCUCCUCUUCAUCAUGUAGCUCCUCUUCAUCAUGUAGCUCCUCUUCAUCAUGUAGCUCCUCUUGGCUUUUCACUCUCUCCACAGAGGACGUACCCGCGCGCUCCGCUCCACACUGCGCCGUGCCGUGCGUAAAAGCGGCUCCGACUUUAGCAGCCCUUUUAGCAGCCCGUCAUGUUCUCCGAGGUGAGUGACGUCGACCUGACGUUCAACCUGGGCGCGCCGCUGUCCCAUCUGGAGCAGGACUGGAGCGACGCGCCGCACGAGCGUCUGUCGCUGAGCGGGCACCGCGUGGUGUCGGUGUGUCUGGGCUCCAUCAUGGUGUUCGGGUUCCUCAACAACCUGCUGGUUCUGGUUCUGUUCUGCCGCUUCCGGUCUCUGCGGACUCCCGUCAACAUGCUGCUGCUCAACAUCAGCGUCAGCGACAUGCUGGUGUGCGCGUGCGGCACGACGCUCAGCUUCGCCUCCAGCCUGCGGAGCCGCUGGCUGUACGGCCGCACCGGCUGCAUGUGGUACGGCUUCGUCAACUCCUGCUUCGGAAUUGUGUCACUGGUCUCCCUGGCCGUCCUGUCCUACGACCGCUACAGCACCCUGAUGGUGUACAACAAGCGGGUGUCGGACUACAGGAAGCCGCUGCUGGCGGUGGGCGCGGCGUGGCUGUACUCAGUGGGCUGGACGGUGCCCCCCCUGCUGGGCUGGAGCAGCUACGGUCUGGAGGGGGCGGGGACCAGCUGCUCGGUGACGUGGACGGAGAGGUCGUCCGCCUCUCACUCGUACAUCGUCUGUCUGUUCGUCUUCUGUCUUGGCCUCCCCGUCCUCGUCAUGGUGUACUGCUACGGACGCCUGCUGCACGCCGUCAAACAGGUGGGUCAUAUCAGGCGCACGGCAGCUCGUCGCAGAGAGUUCCACAUCCUGUUCAUGAUCGUCACCACGGUGGUGUGUUACCUGCUCUGCUGGAUGCCGUAUGGUGUCGUCGCCAUGAUGGCCACCUUCGGCCGGCAAGGAGUCGUCAGCCCCGUCGCCGCCGUUGUCCCAUCGAUCCUCGCCAAGAGCAGCACCGUCAUUAACCCCGUCAUCUACAUCCUCAUGAACAAACAGUUCUACCGCUGCUUCCUGAUCCUGCUCGGCUGUAAACACCCGCUGACGGAGAGCGCUCACUUCGCCGUGCCCUCAAAGACCACCGUGGUCCAGCUCAACCGCCGACCGUGUGACAGCAGCUCCAGACACGCCACCGCCGCUGAGCCGGCGCCGCUCACCACACAGGGCAGCAUCCACAUGGAGGGAACCAGCGCCGUCAAAACAGACCCCGCCAAACCAUCUGACCCCGCCUCCACUGUGAUGUAAGCGCGAUGUCACCCUGUGAGUCAGCGAUGAAAACACGUUAACAUCCACAAUAUGAACACACUGACGUGUGCGGACAUGUGGACACGUAUGUAAACAUGUGCCACAGACAUGUUUACAUUUAUUAACAUGAACACAACAACAAACAAUAAAUAAAACAUUAAAAUCAUCCUGAUGUUUAAACAUAAGAAUAAAUGCUUCGCUAUUAACGAAGGCAUUUUCAGAGAGUCCGUCCUCAUCAACGUGAUCGCUACAGAGCGCACCAGGGCAAUAUCCUCAGAUUUGGCACAAACAUCCACGCGGACGCAACAAUGAAUAAAUCAGAAUUUGGUGGUCGAAGGUCAUUGUGACCUUGCAUCUGUUUCAUUUUUGUGAGUGCAAUAUCUCAAGAAGGCCUUGAGGUAAGUUCCUUAAAUUUUGACAAGAACGUCCACUUGGACUAAAUGAUAAACUGAUUAGAAUUUGGUGGUCAAAGGUCAAGGUCAUCCAUCUUGUUCUUUUGGGUGCCAUAUCUCAAGAGGGCCUUGAAUUUCUUCAGAUUUGGCACCAACGGCCAUCUUGACUCAACGAUAAACUAAUUAGAAGUUAGAGGUUGAAGGUCACUGUGACCUUGUCCAUCUCAUUCUUGUAAAUGUGAUAUCUCAAGAAGGCCUUGAGGUGAGUUCCUGAAAUUUGGCACAAACAUUCAUUUGGACUCAACAAUAAACUGAUAAGAAUUUGGUGGUCAAAGGUCAAGGUAACUGACCUCACAAAACUUCCUAACUCAACCCUUCAUAUCCUGAUCACACGUCACCGCAGCCGAGAGCUGGACAUCUCUGUAACUGAUUGAUUGAUUGAUUGAUUGAUUGAUUGACUGAAUAAAAUGUGAAUAUUUUUCUAUGCUCUCUGGUCCGUCUGUUGCUGUAAAAAUGUUCUGUUGAGUUGAAUAAAUAAAUUUGUGUGAUGCUCUCCG